CAGUAACGUAGAAGUCUUUUCUUUCGCAUGCACUUCUGUAUCCCGAAGUAUGACAUAAUAAAAUCUCUCACUUUCGUUUACCUACAACUUUUAUAAAUCCACACCAAAGAGUUCCACACGUCCAGGAAGUGGAGAUAAUUUCAUCAGCAGUGGGACAGGGGGUUCUGGAAGAACCCGCAUGGUGGCUAGACUGGCUUGAUUCGUUUGGAAGAAGCAAGAGUCUCUGUUAAGAAUAACGACUAAAAAAUUGGAGUGUCAAAAUGACCAGACGAAAACCUGGAAAACGAUGGAGAAGGACUGGUAAUGAAGAAGACCCAAAUAAACGACCAAGAAGGAUUGCACAAUUGUCAUCCCUACCUGAAGCCACCAAUGUUCAUGUGGAGACUGAUCAGCAAUAUUUAGGAUGUAGCACCUGGGGAACACGGCAGGAGGUUGGGGUGCCUCCUGGAGGAGCCCAGAACGAACAAGUCCAACCUCCGGUUGUACAUGCAGGAUCUACCCCACUCACUCUGGAACAUCAAACCUCUCACCACCUGCCAGCACAAGGGAGCAUGGCACAAGAGAGUAUUUCAACUGUUUACUCUUUUGAAGACUAUGAAGAAUCAUCUUCCAGAUCAGCCUUCAGAGAUCCCCCUGAUGGCCUAACAACUGAACUACAAGGCAGUGUUGAGUAUGAUCCAUCUCAAUCAUUUGAGGAAGCUCUCCCUGAUGUGGGGGUUUGGACGUAUGAUGAUGGACAUAUGUUCAGAGAGGGAUUUGAAGAGGAUUUGAGUGAGGAGUGUGCAGAAGAGUCAAAUUUCAAGGACACAACAGACAAGCCAUUAUAUGACAAUGCAUCAAUAACUGUGUCAGAGUGCCUUUUGAUCAUCAUGGCUUAUGUAAACUGUCAUAAAGUAACUGAUAAGGCCCUUAGUGAUUUGCUUAAAAUGCUCAAGUUGCUUUGUCCCGACAGUCUGAACACAAACUGCUUAAACAGUAUACAGAAGUUCAAAGACUUCUUUUUCUCCCGUUCUGCAUCAUCCCCUAUUGUAUUGCAUAAAUAUUGCAGUAAUUGUUUUGGGUCAUUAGAAAGUGCACAAUUGGAAUGUCUGUCUUGUGGAGCUACUAUGUCAGAAGAAAAAUCCUCAUCCUUCAUAGAGAUUCCAAUUGAGGCUCAAAUAAGAUCAUUGUUUCUCAAGCCAGGUUUUCAGGAGAAGCUUAACUUUAGAUUUAGCAGGAAGAAAACGGAUCCCAACAAUGUUGAAGAUAUAUAUGAUGCAGAAGUUUACAAACAGCUAGAUGGGGGUGGUCCUCUUAGUGACCCUAAAAACAUCUCACUUACUUGGAACACAGAUGGGGUACCUAUUUUUAAAUCGUCAAAGUUUUCAGUGUGGCCCUUUUAUUGUGUCAUUAAUGAAUUGAACGUCAUGGAACGCACAAAAAGAGAGAAUAUGAUAUUUGCUGGACUUUGGUAUGGGGAUGCAAAACCAUCCAUGGUUACAUUUCUUAGACCACUAAGUGACACACUGAGUAAACUAGCAGACAACGGAAUUCUUGUGCAACCUGCAGGGUUGACAUCUGAACCUUUUCUGUGUAAAGUGCUCACCAUUGCUGGAACAUGUGACUUGCCUGCUAAGGCAUUAGUCCUUAAUUCAGUGCAAUACAAUGGUAAAUUUGGAUGUCAUAAAUGUGAGCAGCCAGGAGAGACUGUGAGGACGGGGGAAAGGGGACAUGUCCAUGCAUUUCCAUACCAACAUGGGGAUCCAAAAGGGCCACUGCGCACAAAUGAAAAGUUUGCUUUUGAUAUGAAAAUCGCAAAUGAGACCAAAACCACUGUUAAAGGGGUUAAGGGUCCCUGUUGGCUUAGCAAACUUAAGGGUUAUAACCUUAUCAAAGGCACUGGCAUAGAUUACAUGCACUCAGUCCUUCUUGGAGUAAUGCGUCUUUUGAUGGUUAUGUGGUUUUCUACAGAGUUUUCUCGUCAGCCCUUCAGCAUGGCAAAAAAUGCCAAAGAAAUUGACAGGCGAUUUCAGGGUAUCUCUCCUCCAUCCUCAAUUAGAUAUCCUCGAUCAGUGGCAUCGCACAGAAUGUUUUUUAAAGCAUCAGAAUAUCGGGAUCUUUUGAUCUUUUAUGGACCUGUUGUUUUCCGUGGAAUUCUUGCAACACUGUACUACAAUCACUUCCUUCUACUAAGUGAAGCUAUUUUCAUUUUAUUGAUGGAAUCCAUAUCAUUUGAACAGAUUGAUCAUGCAGAGAAACUACUGUGGAACUUUUGUUCUCAAAUGGCUGAUCUCUAUGGUGUGCGGUACCAAACAGCAAAUGUACACCUUCUCGUGCACCUAGCAGACAGUGUCAGGGCCCUUGGUCCAUUAUGGACUCAUUCUUGUUUCCAUUUUGAAGACAAGAAUGGAUAUUUGUUAAGGCUGAUACAUGGCACUCAAAAUAUACCAAUGCAGAUGGUCCAUGCAGUCAAACUUGUGCAGUCUAUUCCUGUUAUUUCACAAACCAUAAAGCCAGGGAAUGCCAUAGCAUAGUAUAUGGAGCAUCUAGUGUACUUCAACUGGACACAGUUCACAUCUCUUCAUUGGAAAGACAGACUGGUCACUGUAUCAAUUCUAAAACGGUAAAGGUCUUUCACAGGGCACAAGUUAAGAGAAAUUAUCUCACAUCAAAACACUAUGGCAAAGGCAAUAGAAGAAACAAUUUUACAGUUGUUUUUUCUGGUGAAGGUCAAACUAAGUAUGGACAGAUUGAGUUCUUCUUCACCUCAGAACAUUCAUGUGCCAAAUGGGCCCUCUUUCAUGAAUUCAAAUGUGCAGGUUUUUCCUUGCUGCAAGAUGAUGUAACAAAUGGUACAUGCAGUCAUGUUGUUCCCCUAUUGGAAACCUCUGCCAAUACAGUAGUUUCCUUGGAUCAUAUAUUGGGUAAAGUUGUUUUCCUUGACUUGGCAUCUAUGCCUGGCAUUGUGUUCGCAGCUCAUUUUCCAAAUACGCUUGAAAAGUUUUAACCCAUUAAGACCUGAACUAGUCUAAGAACCCACAAAUCGAUUUAUCAUUGGAAUAACAUGCUCCCAUCUGACCGCUUGCCGUGAAUGCUUUGUAGAAGUACAAGGCAUCUUUAGAAUUUAUCGUAAACCUAUAUUUGAUGCAACAAAGGGCCUGUAUAGUGUAUGGUGGCAAGAUGAACUGCCUUUACUGUAUUUUCAGGGUGAAUCACUUGAUUAUUUAAAAAGUGUGCACUAUUAUUUUAAGAGUGUAUUAUUAUGUCUAAGACUCUUUUGACGCUCCAUACACAAUAGAGCUUUGCUAUUAAUUCUGUUAAAAUGUUGACAUCUUGACAGUUUACACAUUAUAAAAAGUAUCCAAAAGGUGUUGUUUGAAGUCAAAAGUGUAAUUAAUGAAUUAUAUGA